UCAUUGUUGUAAACAGUAACAGAACUCUCACACUGUGUGUUGUGCAUCGGAGAUGAUUUUUGCAGCAUUCGUCACUUACAUUUUAAUAUACUUGCAUUUUACAAAGUGAAGAAAGGGGGUUAGUAUAUUUCAAGGCAAUUUUUAAUGAGUGCUCUGUUUGCAUGGGCAUGAGCUCUGGUCCGGAUACAUCUGUGCUAGAUCCUCCUUCAUUAGGAUGCCAGACUUCCCAAAAUGUAGCCCUUCAGGAAUGAGGAUUUGAUGACAGGGCAUUGCAUUUAUGAAGCAUUGAGCAGAAGCAGCACAGUGGCUCCCCCCUCAGGCCAGUUGCAGUACUGCAGCGCUGCCCAGCAACAGCAGCAAAUCUACUUCAUGGCCACAACUCCAAAACUCUGCAGUACGUAUGACUGUUACAAGAAGGUGAGAAGGUAAACUGACAAUCAAGAGGUGGCGAGGUGAUACACAAGACGUAUGACAUGGAAGUCAAAAGUCAUCUGAUAACAGGCCCUGAUCUGCAGGCUGGUAUGGACAAUAAGCAGCAUGCAGAGCGAAUGGUCGAGCUGCAGAAGAGACGCAGGAGUCUGCAGUCACUGCUCAACACUCGAUUAGCAGAACUCAGAUGCGUGUGUCUACAAGAGGCGGAACUGACAGGAGAAGUUCCUCACGAAUUUCCUCUUGAAACAGGAGAGAAGCCCCCUCUCUUGCGCCGCAAAGUUGGUUUGUCCCACAAUGGUUCCAAACAGAACACGAAAAAUGAGGAAGAGGACUCCUCACAGCGCAAGACAAAGAAAACUCUGUUCAGUGGCGCCCUCCGCAGGCAUGUCGAUUCAGAACAGCAUCCUCAGCAUGGCAAAAGAACUGUUCAUAGAGGAUGCCACACGGAUAACACGGUGAAGUCCGAGAGCAGCUCCACAUCUGAUUCAACCAAUCAGGACACUGAAGAAACCUCUGACAGCCUGUCACCCCGGCUGGUCUUGGGGAGUCCAGACAGCAGGUUUUCUCGCAAACUCUCCCCAUUGGAGAUCUACUACGAGAUUAAAACCCGGCGCAACUCUGUGGCCAGCUCAGCCAGCCCCAGUCACACUCUUCCAAGGUGUGUGUCCAAUUUGGAAGGUAGAAGUGUACCAGCAACUCCACUCCUGUCCCGGAACGGAAUAACAGGAGUCCAUAUCAGGUCAGAAAUAUCAGGUGGCACUGCUGCUGUAAAGCAGUGGUCAGACAAUCCUGAGGCGCCGCAACUGGUGCCUUUACAGUCUCAGGAGGGUUCCUCCUCAGGGUCCUACGAACAGGGAGGUGGCCUACACAGCUCUCAGACACGGCGCAGCAACAGCUCGGAGAUGCUACUCGACCGUAAUGCCACUGUAGCAGAGGAGGGAAGUCAAAGGUCAGGUAUGCCUGCGCGCAAUGGACCAUACAAGAGCUCGGAAGCGCUCAUGGUCACUACUUUAAAACAGGCACAGUGGAACAGCCCUGACCACCAGGUAAACAGACACACCGAACUGAGUCGUGUUCGCUCGGGUGUGGUAGGUCAAGGCACGAAUGGAGAUGUCGGUUACAGUGAGAUUCUCAUGGAUUAUGUCUGGGGAAAACAACAGAAGAUGCAGGUGCAGCAACAAAAAAGACUACAGGUUCAAAAUGGUGUAAAAACCAAGCCGUGGACCGAGGGUUCCAAUGCUCCGCCCCCGCCCUACAGGAACGGCUUUCCCCAAUCGCAACAGCAUAUCCUGGGCACUGGUCCUCCGGCAUACAGCCCCCUGAUGCUGAGAGGCAAGCCUGGGGAGCCACGGAGGGUCAAAGUGACCCGCACAAAAUCCUGUGGCCCAUUUGUGCCCGCACAACAGCACCAGCAAGAGUCCAUCAUACUCUCUGCAUAUACAGAGACCAACACGUCCAAUGCCAUUAAUGCAAUGCAUAAACAACCGAUGGACCUCCCCCACAGACCGCCCCAAUAUCCCUUCGAGUCAUCCACCCCAACAACCCCUGACGACCCCACACGCAGCCUGCACAAGGCACUGGCGCUGGAGGGGUUGAGAGACUGGUAUCUGCGCAAUGCACUGGGGCAGACGGCCAACGGAGGGAAGGGCAAAGAGGGGACACAGACUCAUCGCAGACGUACAACAUCCUCUAUGCACAACUCGCACCCUCACCCACCCCUAAAACACCAGCCACAGUCCUUUCAAGGAGACCCACCCUACCCACAGCUGCCCCACUCGGCAACUUUUCAUGGGCAUCCUCUACACGGCAGGUCGGUGGAGCUCUCUUUGUACCAAGACACCUUUCCUUCUAAAAUGCAGGAUAUGACACUUAAAGAGACCAGUAAUGACAGACCCACGCCAGGCACGCUGGUCUGACAUGCAAACAAAAAAACUCACUCUUGUGUACAUCUCAUGCAAACACAAUGAGACUAAAGCAAACACCAGCUUAUAUGUGUAUGGAAUGACGCCAGACUUUUCUGCUUCCUUUCACAUAGAUUCAACAGUCAGAAUGAAAUAAUUUUGACAGAAAAAAACUGUAUUCUUGAUAUGCUCAGAAUUGAGACGCUUGUGGACAAGAUCCUUUUGCAGCAUGAAAUCAAGCUCAUCUCUGGGUUCCUGCAGACAUACUAACAUACUAUAUAAUUCAGUAAUUUACCCUUCUUAUCAAUCAAAGUAAUAGCAAGCUAUGUCAGAGGCUUGCCAAAAAAAGAUACAAGCCACAGAUAAUAUGACAGUAUAUUUUUCAUUAGUAAAAAAUGGGGAUAACUUUCCGUGUUAGUUAUUUUCAUGGCACUACUGUGACACUAUUUGCUUGAUUAAUGUGCACAAAACUGAAUACAAAGAGUUCUCAUUUGUCAUGAGAAUCCAUUUUUGGUUGUUAAGACCUUCCAAAAGUAGCACUGGACACUAAAAGAGAAUGUUCACCCCCCCAAAAAAUACUGUCAUCAGUUUCUCAACCUCAUGUCAUUCCAAACCCAUAUGACAUUAUUCCUUCUGUGAAACACAAAGGGAGAUUAUUACUGUAGCCCUUCACUUUCAAUGUAUGAUGCAAUGAAAGUGAAUUGUGACUAAAUGUGCGUACACACUGCCAGCGACAUCACGUGCGACAGUGACUCAAUACCAUUCAUUUUCAACGCGAGUACAGCGACUUCCGGCGACACGAGCUGUCGCGACCGUUGGUGCUAGAUGUGGGCGUGUCCAGCGACACGACAAAGUUGAGAAAAGUUCAACUUUGGAGCGACUAACGGAAGCGACAGCCAAUAGGAGAGAUGACGGGAGAGCUCACGUGAUCCUUCUCUCUCUCUCAGCUCCUGCAGUAACGGAAAGAUGGAUGAAAGGCUAAUUCUUGCUGUUAGAAAUUUUCCAGUGCUCUAUGAUAUGUCUCUUCCCACGUACAAGGACAUUUUUAAGAAAAAUACCUGCAUGGAAAGGUGUAUCUGAGACCGGCAUUUGCAUUUUCGCUGCAGAUAAACAGCCGCUGUGGCAAAGAGCACGCCUGGUUUCUCAUUCAUCUUUGAUAUAAAGCAUUUUAUGUACUGAUUCCAUUUAUAUUUAGUCUUUUCCCUCCAAAAUGUUUGUUUUUAGUGGCAAGAAAAGAGAUUCGCUGCCAACAGCAAUGGAAUGACAUCCGUGAAUGUCAUUUAUAAACGUUACUAGGCAACCAGUAGUGGGAACACCCACUAGCGACUUCACCGCCAGCCACUGGCGACCUGCAGCGAUAAAGUCGCUGGCAGUGUGUACGCACCUUGAGGCUGCUGUGACUAAUUGAAUGGGGAAACACCAAAAUCUCCAAAACGGUUGGUCGAUAUUACGAUACAUAACAUUUUUCAAAUCCGCUGUAAAAUCUGACAACAAUGGUAUCAUAAAUUGUGCUUCUUUAGUCAGAGUGAGGAAAACAACAUUGUUUUUCAGGCUGGUACAGCUGAUGCGCAUCUGCAUUCUCAAGUUGAUUGACAGGUGAUUGGAUCUUUUACUAACAUCUCCUUUUGUGUUCCGUGGAUGAAAGAAAGUCAAAUGAAAUGUUUGGGUGCACUGUCCCUCUAAGACACUUUGAAAAACAAAUCAGGAUGCUUUUAUAAAUAAGUACACAUUUCUAUGCAAAUUACAAUCAAAAUGACUAUGUUAUGACAGAAUAGAUAACUUGAUUCUUGUUUUUGACUUGGAGUAGAAAUUUAAAAAGGAAACCAAGCUAAAUGUCAAACUUUGAUGGACUGUUAAAGAGUCCUUGUUUUUCAUUAAAUGUAUAAUUCUGUCUUUAUGACUAAAUUUGAACCACGUGGAAAAGCUUAAAUGUGCUCGUUCAGGGUGAUUUAAGGAAGUUCAUCCAAAAAUGAAGAUUCUCUCAUCAUUUACUCACUC